ACGGGUGCUAUGGAAAAGCUGAAAAAAAAGCAACAAAAGCUAGCCUUUUGAUCUGAUCGGAGCUGGCAGCAGUCAAUGCCAUUGCCUGUUCCUUUAACUCGAAGCACUUUCUGUUAAUCUGCCACACCUUGUCAUUUUCUCAGAACAUAGCUUCUUGCAUGAAAAUGAUUCAACAAGGGAAACUAGCUACAGAUGGAAGAGAUUCUUCAAGCCCCAUAUCAGUAAUGGACAUCAAGACCCCAACAUACAUGCAACCUUCCUCUCUAUUCCCUUCGCAAACGGAAUCACCAUUGGAGGGGAACCCAAGCUUCUACAGCGAGAACAAAGACAACCCAUUUGCAGACACCUGUCCAGAUCCUCUCUGCAAGCUCAAUCUCAAAGAAACAUCUGAUUUUGUCAAGGCCUUUCCAAUGUCCAGAAACAGCAGCAUAGACAGCAGAACUUUUCUUCAAAGCAGCUCCACUCAGAGGAGGAGAGGAGGGAAUGGCAUUGUGCAAAGGAGAUUAGAAGCUCCUUCCACCCCUGGCAGGGCUGUUUUCAGCUUUAAUGUUGGGAAUCUCUCUAGAAAGAGCUUCCCUUCAAAGUGGGAUGAUGCAGAGAAAUGGCUCAUCAGCAGCAGCAGCUCCUGCCAUGAAUCUCCUGCCCAUCUGAUCAGACCUCAAGAACCUCUAAAGGCUCUUAAUCAAAGUGAGGCGCUUCAGCCCAAAGCUGAUAUCUUUUCAGAGAAAGUGAGAACUGCAGAUGAAAAAGCUACUAGCUUUAAUGGUUGUUUGUCUUUGGAGUCUUCUAACUCGGCUUUUCCUGGGGUCUCAGCAGAAGUACUUCUAAAAGAUAAAUUUACAGACAAUGUAGAGCCGGCUUUCCCGAAUUUCAGAUACUCUGAGCCAACCAAGGAAGGCUUUCUGUUUGGAAAUUCAAUCUGUGAUACCAUGAAAGAUGCUGCGACCGAAGUUGUGGCUGAGGUUCGGCACAGAGAUAUCGGGACAGAGAUGACCCCACUCGGCAGCUCAACUACAUCAAGAUGCCACACUCCAUUCAAGAGCUCUUCACCCGCCAGGCACAACACACCCGCCGACAGGUCCGGGCCUCUGGUUGGCCCAAACGCCAGCAUCGAUAUCUCGGAGCUCCAGGACUGUCACUUUGCAAAGCUUCAGCUCGGGUCACAGUUCGACUCAGUUGUGUCAAACUGGAGCUCGAGAGAGGAGGAAGAAGAGGAUAUAUCAAAAAGCCUGAGGCAUUUUGAAAUGAGCUGCAGGAAGGGCGGCGCGGAGUCUAGAGCUUCUGUUUGGGAAGAUGAGGAGAAGACCAAGAGCUGUGUCAGGUAUCAGAGAGAGGAAGCAAAAAUUCAAGCUUGGGUGAACCUCCAGAGUGCAAAAGCAGAGGCCCAAUCAAGAAAGCUUGAGGUAAAAAUACAGAAAAUGAGAUCAAAUCUAGAAGAAAAGCAGAUGAGGAGAAUGGCAAUCGUCCACAGAAAAGCUGAGGAAUGGAGAGCAUCAGCCCAACUCCAACACUCCCAGCACCUCCAAAAGGCCUCUCAACUGGCCCACAAGAUGAGAAGUGGGCCCACCUCAUGUUCCUCCCACCCCACUUCCUGUGGCUGCUUCCCUUGCAAUAACCCACUUUAAGAGACAUUCCAAAGCUAAAAAUCUGACCCACUUGAUGGAUGGCCUGGAUCGCUGGGCUCUUUUUCUUAACCGUCCAUUUUAUUUGUACACGUGUGUGGCUUACUCGAUUAACGGAUCAACCCAAUUUUUCGGCAAGAUGCACUAAAUUAUUGUGGUUCUCUUGA